UGGGCACAUGAGGGCGUUGUUAUAAUAUGCUUCACUUCAGGUACCACCGGAAGGCCAAAGGGAAUUACCUUGAGCCAUACUGCUUUGAUUAUACAAUCCCUAGCAAAAAUUGCCAUUGUUGGUUACAGUGAGAAUGAUGUUUAUUUGCACACUGCACCAUUGUGCCAUAUUGGUGGUCUUUCAUCAGCCAUGGCCAUGCUAAUGGUUGGAGGUAGCCAUGUCAUAAUACCUAAGUUUGAGCCUAAAUCAGCACUCAAAGCUGUAGAGAGAUACAGAGUGACUUCUCUAAUCACGGUCCCUACAAUCAUGGCUGAUAUAAUUUCUUUAAUCAGGCAGAAGGAAACUUGGAAAGGGAAGGAGACUGUGAACAAGAUAUUAAACGGAGGUGGGGGACUGUCAAUUGAACUUAUCAAGGAUGCCACCGCAUUCUUCCCAAGAGCUAAGCUUUUCUCAGCUUAUGGGAUGACAGAGGCAUGCUCUUCGCUAACCUUUAUGACACUCUAUGACCCAACAAUGGAAACCUCCAGUCAGCACCUUCAGAAAGUUGCUAAUACAAGAUAUACUUCGGUUCACCAAUCACAAGGUGUUUGUGUUGGAAAGCCUGCACCCCAUGUAGAAUUAAAGAUAUGUGUAGAUGGCUCUUCUCAUGUUGGAAGAAUUUUAACUAGAGGUCCACAUGUAAUGCUCAGAUAUUGGGGUCAAAUUCCAGAAAAGGCAUCUGACUCCAGCAAUGAAAGUUGGCUUGACACAGGUGAUGUUGGGUCCAUUGAUGAGUAUGGUAAUCUAUGGCUCAUUGGACGAGUAAAUGGUCAAAUUAAGAGCGGAGGGGAGAAUGUUUACCCCGAAGAGGUGGAAGCAAUCCUAUUACAACAUCCAGGAGUGAUUGGCAUUGUCAUUGUGGGAAUUCCAGAUGCUCGCCUGACAGAGAUGGUUAUUGCUUGUAUUCAGUUGAGAGAAAAUUGGUAUUGGUCUGAUAAAAGCUUUAAACACUCAUCUGAAAAUAAAGGGCUAGUUUUAUCCAGUGAAAUUCUUCGGCACUAUUGUAGAGAAAAGAAUCUAACUGGGUUCAAGAUACCAAAGACAUUUAUUUUAUGGAGAAAACCGUUUCCGGCCACAACGACCGGGAAAGUAAAAAGAGACCAAGUUCGAAGAGAAGUUAUGUCUCACCUGCAAUUCUUGCCUAGCAGUCUGUGACUAUCUCACUUGAUUGUUCAGAGUGCCAUAUCCAAAUGUUUAGGUGAGUAAUCUACCCAAAUUCUACUUGGUCACUAGCACACAUAUCUGAAAGGACUAGCUGCUGGUUUUGAACAGUGGAUGCUAUAAUUAGUUCAAUUUUCUCUUUUUAACUUUUCUAUAUUCAUGUUGUAGUUAGACUGAUCUAGCAACUCCAGAAGUCUUUUUGACGAUAAUGUGUAUUCUUUGUAAUAAUAAAUGACCAGAGAAUGGCAUA